GACCCCCCCAAACCCUCAGGACCCCCCAAUCCUCCCGGACCCCCCAAAAUGACGGUGAAACUCGAUUUCGAGGAGUGCCUGCGGGAUUCGCCGUGGUUCAGAGCGGCUGUGGAGGAGGCGGACGCCGACGUGGCCGAACUUGAGACCCACCUGGAGAAGGUGCUGAAGCUCUGCUCGGCCAUGUUGGACGCGGGGCGGCAGCUGGAGGGGAGCAGCCGAGCCUUCGCCGCGGGGCUGCGCGAGAUGGCGGCGACCCCCCGGGGGGACCCCCUGCUGCGGGAGGCGCUGGAGAAGCUCUGCGACUCCUUAGAGCAGAUGAUGGACAGCCACGAGGAGCUGCAGGACACCAUCCAGGUCGCCUUACGCCGCCACCUCCACACCCUGCUCAAGGAGGAGGCGCGGGGGCUGCGGGAGGCGCGGCGGGAGCGCGGGCGGGCGGCAGAGGCGCUGGCGGCGGCGCUGCACCACCACGCAGAGGUUCCGCGGCGUCGCCCCGGAGAGGCCCGAGAGGCGGCGGCUGCGCUGGGGGGCGCCCGGGGGGCAGCGCGGGCCGCGGGGCUGCACUACGUCCUGCAGAUGAACGUUCUGCAGGACAAGAAGAAGACCGAGAUCCUGCAGUUUGUGCUGGCCCUGCUGGAAGCCCAGGCCACCUUCUUCGGCCACGGCCACCGCGGGGCCACCGGCACCCGGCAGUACCGGGGGGCACUGGGGGCGCAGCUGGACCAGUUGGUGCUGGAGGGGGCGCGGAGGCAGCGGGACCUGGAGCAGCGCCACGCCCUGCUGCUGCAGCAGGACCUGUCGCAGGAGGCAGUGGGCGCGGGGGGGGCGGGGCCGGGGGCCCCCCCCAUGGAGGGGUAUCUCUACAAGAGAGCGAGCAACGCCUUCCGCACCUGGAGCCGGCGGUGGUUUUCCAUCCAGAGCAACCAAUUGGUUUAUGUCAAGCGGGCGCGGGACCCCCCCACGGUGGUGGUGGAGGAUUUGCGCCUCUGCACCGUCAAACCCUGUCCCGACCUCGAGCGCCGCUUCUGCUUCGAGGUCGUCUCUCCCUCCAAAUCCUGGGUGCUGCAGGCGGAUUCGGGGGGGCAGCAGCGCGCGUGGCUCAGCGCCGUCCAGAGCAGCAUCGCCUGCGCCUUCGGCCAGGGGCACCCCGAAACCCCCCCCGGGCACCCCGAAACCCACCCCGGGCAGCCCCCCAACCGCCCCUGCGUGGUUUCGGGGUGCCGGGGGGGUCCCCCCGAACCGUCGGUGCUGACGGCGGUGCUGGGGGUGGAGGGGAACGGGAGCUGCUGCGACUGCCGCGCCCCCGCACCCGCCUGGGCCAGCGUCAACCUGGGCAUCACCCUCUGCAUCGAGUGCUCGGGCAUCCACAGGAGCCUGGGUGUCCACUUCUCCAAGGUGCGCUCGCUGACGCUGGACUCCUGGGAGCCUGAACUGGUGAAGUUGAUGUGCGAACUGGGGAACAGCACCUUGAACCGCAUCUACGAGGCGCGGGUGGAGGAGAUGGGGGUGAAAAGACCCCCCCCCGGCUGCUCCCGGGCUCAGCGGGAGGAUUGGAUUCGGGCCAAAUAUGUGCAGAAGAAAUUCGUGACGGGGCUCCCGGCGCCCCCCCCGCGGCACCGACCCCCCCGCGGCAGCGCCGCCGCCCCCCCCGGCCCCGCGGGUGUCGGGGCGCCCCCCGGCCUGCACCCCGGGGCUCUGCUCUACUGGGCGGCCCAACACCAGCGCUUACCCACCAUGGCGGACGCCCUGGCGCACGGCGCAGACCCCGGCUGGGUGAACGCGGCCCAGGGGCACCUCACCCCGCUGCUGCAGGCCGUCGCCUCGAACUCUCUGCUGGCGUGCGAGUUCCUGCUGCAGAACGGCGCCAGCGUCAACCAGAGCGACGGGCGCGGGCGGGCGCCGCUGCACCUCGCCACCGCCCUGGGGCACACCGGCCUCGCCUGCCUCUUCCUCAAGCGCGGGGCCGACAUCGACGCCGUCGACGCCGACGGCAAAGACGCUCUCUCCAUCGCCAUCGAUUCGGCCAACGCCGACAUCGUCACCCUACUGCGGCUGGCGAAGAUGCGGGAGCUGGAGGUGGCCCAGGGGCAGACGGGCGACGACACGUACCUCGACAUCUUCCGGGACAUCUCCCUCAUGGCCUCCGACCACCCCGAGAAGCUCGCGCGGCCCCACCAGAAGCUCAACACCCUUUAGCCCCGCCCCCUUUUGCGCCUGGCCACGCCCCCCUCCUCGGUCUGGCCACGCCCCCCUCCUCCCCAACAUCCAAUGGAUUAAAGGAUGGGUUCG